AUGACACAAGAUGAUCUUCGUCAUCGUAUUGAACAUCAAUCAAAAUUAUCAUCAAUACAACCAAAGGAAAAACUUCAAACAUCAAAUUCGAAUCUAUUCUAUAUUGAAGAAAGUGGUGAUACACAUUCAAUGGUUACACCGAUGGUUGAUUAUGGUCAUCAUCAUAGUUUACAUGAUAGUGGUUAUAAUAUGGCACCGGAAAAAAAACAUUCAAAAUUUUUCUCAGAAGAAAUAAGUUUCGUUGUAGCCGUCGUUACAUUAGCUGUUUUUCUUUGUUUUUUAUCAUCGGUUUUUAUACCUUUAGCUUUUCUAUUUUUCUUCAAUGGUGGUAUACUUCCUUUUGGUGGUGGUCUUAAUAGCUUGUUUCCCAUAACAAAUACGAUCACAGCUGGCGGUGUUGGAUCUAUGGUAAUGGGAAAACGAAGACGAAAACGAUCAUCAUCGACAAAUGAUCGAGAUACAAGUUUAUAUGAUCAAUAUUUUGAUCUUUUUUAUUCAGCAAUGAAAAAAUUUCAAUAA